UGAUUCCAUUGGUUGGCUUCCAAGACAGGUACCUACAUAUUUGUCUCCCUGCUAUCCUCAAUCUGGCUUGCAGGCCGUGCGGAUUGUCAUUCAAAAGUCCUAGUGCCACAAGCUCGUGUCACAUCUCCGAAAUAAGAAGACAUGGCGUCUAAAAAGGAGCGGUGAACCAAGCACACAGGAGCAGAAAUGAUGAAAGGGAGAAGGAUCCAAGAUCCUGCAAGUACUCCAUACAUCGAACUCCAAAACGGCAGUCCUCAGUCUCACAUGGACUACGGGCCCGCUGCAAACUAUUUUUGUUUGUCCACUAGCCCGCGCAUAAAGGUCUUUUCGAGACACCUGCAAAUUCGACCACGGUCAAAUUGCGCCACUCAAUCGAAUGUCACCAGAAGAACAAAUGACCGCAUCUUAAUGAAACCAGUAUCCAGCAUACAGUAUAUAAGCGGCUCUUUCAGUACAGCGAGCUGCGGAGCUAAGCCACAGAAAAGACACAAGAGUCCUUCUCAGCCCUAGAAACUUUGUCUGCGUAAUCGCUAAAUCAGUU